AUGAUUGACGAUCAGAUGCUGGGAUUUUUCGCCAAUUCUAUUGGAAUCAGCUUGUUCAUGCUUAUCAUUGCUUACCAUUAUGUAAUGGCUGACCCCAGAUACGAAGGCAACUGAAGAAAUAUAGGGUUUAUGGAGGCGCCACUCAACCAAACUUAUAAUAUAAUGUGUUGUAGAUGAUGUUUUAUCGACAGUUAGUGGUCAUAUAGAAUGCAUAUACUGUCAUGUAACCUUUGGCAGAUGACUAUCUUCAUAGAUGAAAUCAUAAAAACAUGGUGACUCCUUCCCUGUUAUCUCUAUUUGAUGUACUCCGUACAACUAAUGUCUGUGGCUGAAAGACUCGGACUCAAAUAAUGCCCUCUUUUUUUUGACGUAA